GUCAGGUCAGUGUCCUUGCCUGGUGCCCCGGACGCGACGCACGAACACCGCGUUUACCUGAUGCCACCCUACAGCGUGCAGCAGCUCUGCCGAGAUCAUGUCCGUGCUGUUUUUCUACACGAUGAGGUACAAGCAGUUGGAACCGGAGAACCCAGACAACGACCGGUUCGUCGUCUCAAAGAGACUGUCGAUUGUUGAUGUGGCAACUGGAUGGCUCGGGCAAGGACUGGGGGUCGCGUGCGGUAUGGCAUACACUGGCAAGUACUUUGACACGGCCAGCUACCGGGUGUUCUGCCUCCUGGGAGACAGCGAGUCCUUGGAAGGCUCCGUGUGGGAGGCCUUGGCCUUCGCUUCCCACUACAGUCUGGACAACCUCGUGGCCAUCUUUGACGUGAACCGCCUGGGACACGGUGGCAGCUUGCCCCCUGAGCACAGCAUAGACAUCUGUCAGAAGCGCUGUGAAGCCUUUGGGUGGAAUACUUAUGUGGUGGAUGGCCGCGAUGUGGAGGUGCUGUGCCAGGUCUUCUGGCAGGCAGCUCAGGUGAAGAAGAAGCCUACUGCUGUGAUUGCCAAGACCUUCAAGGGCCGGGGCGUGCCAAGUGUUGAGGAUACCGAAAGUUGGUAUGGAAAGCCAAUGUCCAAGGAAAGAGCAGAUGCGAUUAUCAAGCUGAUUGAGAGCCAAAUACAGACCAAUCGGAGUCUCAUACCCAAACCCCCCAUUGAGGACUCACCUAUAAUCAGCAUCGCGGAUAUAAAAAUGACCACUCCGCCCAUUUACGGAGUUGGCGACAAGGUGGCCACUCGGAAGGCAUGUGGUUUGGCUCUGGCUAGGCUGGGCCAUAUAAAUGACAGAGUCGUUGUGCUGGAUGGUGACACCAAGAACUCCACCUUCUCUGAGAUAUUCAAGAAGGAGCAUCCUGAGCGCUUCAUCGAGUGUUUUAUUGCUGAGCAAAACAUGGUGAGCGUGGCGCUGGGCUGCGCCACCCACGGUCGGACCAUCGCCUUCGCUAGCACCUUUGCUGCCUUUCUGACCCGAGCAUUCGAUCAGAUCCGGAUGGGAACCAUGUCUCAAGCCAACAUCAACCUCGUUGGUUCCCACUGCGGGGUGUCUGUCGGUGAAGAUGGCCCCUCCCAGAUGGCCCUGGAGGACCUGGCCAUGUUCCGAGCUGUUCCCCACUGCACCAUUUUCUAUCCCAGUGAUGCAGUGUCGACAGAGCAUGCUGUUUUCCUGGCGGCUGAUACCAAGGGAAUGUGCUUCAUUCGGACUACCCGCCCAGAAACCCGAGUUAUCUACACCCCAGAGGAAACCUUUCAGAUCGGGCAGGCCAAGGUCAUCCGCCAGAGUGCCAGCGACAAGGUCACAGUCAUUGGAGCUGGAAUUACCCUACCCGAAGCCUUAGCAGCUGCCGAUGACCUUUCCAAACAAGAUAUCUCAAUCCGUGUCAUCGACCCGUUUACCGUUAAACCCCUGGAUGCUGCCACCAUCAUCGCCAGUGCGAAAGCCACGGGCGGCCGGAUCAUCACGGUGGAGGAUCACUACCCAGAAGGUGGCAUUGGGGAAGCGGUCUGUGCGGCCGUCUCCAUGGAGCCCGACAUCCUCGUCCAUCAGCUGGCAGUGUCGGGCGUGCCGCGGAGCGGGCAGCCAAGUGAGCUGCUGGAUGUGUUUGGGAUCAGUGCCAGACACAUCGUUGUGGCCGUGAAGUGCAUUUUAAUGAACUGAGUUAGCCCGUGGGCUCCGGUCUGAAAAGACCAGCAGGCCGCUGUACCUUACAUUUGAGUCUGCCUUUGCGCUUUUGCUGCUUGUAGAUGCAAAAGCAGGUUAACGCCUUUCUUUGUUCCUAGUUCAGAAAUUCCGGUUAAGUACUUUUCUUUGAAACUGAGACUGUGGACACAGGUAUCAGCUGUGGACUCUGGUAGCCUAGGUUUCGUGGCACCCACCGUGGCACCACGCCGCCUGCCGCCAUGCCCAGUUCACGGUGCCCUGUGCUGCCGCCCUACCUGCAGCUUCCUGAGUAACGGGUGACUGCAGUUGCCCUGGGAUCUCCGCCGGUGUUGGCCUUCACCUGCCCGCCACAGUUUGGAGGCUGUCGAGCCGCAGCAGAAGCCGUUAGGGUGUCCCGUGCUGCUCGAGGUGACUGUUCUGGGGAAAAUGAGAGCACAGCAGGUUUGGUCUCCACACCAUACUGCUCUGGCCCGUGCCAAUAAAGCAUGUCAAAACCA